AACACCCGCCCGCGCGCUCUGCUCCUCCCGGCCACACGCACCUGCUCCGCCCCUGUCCCUCGUUCUUUCCUUCGCCCCUCCGCACUGCCUGCGUCCCUCGGCGCCUCCCUCUCUCCCGCGUCUUUCCCUUCCCGAAACGCCCACUCGCUGGGAGCCCGCUGGUCCUUCCUGCUUGUCUCGUGGCAAGUCGCCCCGCCGGUGCAGCCCCUCCCUCUGGCCCUCCAUGGAGGACGUCGAUCUUCUCCGGCAGCCACAGCCGAAGCGCCGGCGGCGCACUGCCGCCGGCACGGCCGGCGACCCAGCCCUCGAGGUGAUGCCCUGUGAUCUGGGCCUCGAUUGCCACUGUCUAGAUCGGCCUCUGGUUGCCCACUGGGAUCCGACACAUCGGCAAAUUGACCUCGUUGAGCCGCCCGAGCGCUCGCGACACCUCCUCUCUCACGGAUAUUUUGGGAUAUCGGUGCACUGGCUGCAGCAGCGCAGCCGACAGCGCAAGCGCUUUCGCCAGGCACACUCCGGCGUGGACGCCCCGAAUGCCCCGGCCGCUUUCGCUGGACCGCCGCGUCUGUCCACAUCCACACUCGGGUCGGACAUUGUCCUCUCCCUGGAGGAGGCUCUCUACUUGUGCCACGUGCUGGAAGUUCUCACCAUUUUCCGGCGCCCAACCGCCAAUCCCGGACCCGAAGCCAUUGGAGCACUGCUGCGCAGCCCGCCGGUCGAUGACAAGGGGCCAGCCACUGUGGCGGCCGGUGCUCACGCCUCCGGGCCAAUGUCCGCGUCGGAACUCUUUGCCGAGAUCUGUCUCUCGGUCCCGAGCUUCGGCCCGCGGUACGCCUUCUACGUGUAUGCCCGUGGCCGAGGCUGGACCCCGAAGGAUGGUCUGAAGUAUGGAGUGGACUUCUUGCUCUACCUCCAAUCGCCGGCACUUUUCCAUGCCACCUUCUCGGUGCUGGUCACGCCGGUCUGGAACGCCACCGAUCCAUCGGCCAUCACCUCUGGCUGUCCCGGGGUCUCGACACAUGGAGCCCAGGGCUCACCUGACUGGCGAACUGUUGCCCGGCUGGUGCGCAUCAGCAACCAAGUGUCCAAGGACUUCUCCGUUGCUUUCGUGCACUCGGACCAGCCGGCCGGAGCCGUGGAGCAUCAGCGCUCUCAAGCGCUGGACGACUUCCUGGCCGGGGCACAUGUUCAAUGGGUUCCCCUCCGGCGCUGGGUGCCCGAGCGAACACGUACAAAUGCGGCCGAGCGCGACGCCGAACUGCGCCAAGUCCAAGCCCGCCAGCGCAAGGGGCCACCUCCUGUAUCGACAGACCGCCCUCCAGCCGGACCGCCGCCAUCACCGCCAUCGCCACCGGCACCCGGGUAGCGCCGCAAAUACAUUCCCCUCUGUUCCC